GCAACUACCCGCCACUUUGAGCGCGCUCGAGCGGAAUUACGGUACCGACCGCACACAGUGCGCGUGUGUGUGUACAAACAUGCGGGGAUUAUCACCCGUGCUCUCCGGAGUGAGACGAGCAGCGCGUGUGACUGUGUAAGGAACGUGACGGAGACAAACCGAGACAAAUAUGCGGCACGUCGCGUUUCUCGUCUAGCUCGUUUUUUUUGGCUGCCUACAACUGUCCUCGUCGGUGUCUCGAGAGAAAUAACACCAGCCAUGGAAAAGCGCGAGCAGCAAGUGAAAGGGACAUCACGGAAAUCAAAGGCCACCAAGCACAAGGAUAAAAAGCGAGCCGUUGGGAAGCCGUUCCGUAAGAAGUCCUUUAAAUCAGUCGGGACUUUCGUGGCGAAGAUUUUCAAAAGUUUAGGCGCCUGGACACACAGCAGAGACGCGGCCGAGCCGCUGGACGCUGAGGACGAUGACGGUGGAUUCCGGGUCGGAGCACCUUGUACGAAUUCGGGGACCAUGAAAGAAGACGAGAGGGAUCGCUUAGUGAGAACUUCGACGCUUCAGUCGCGAUCUUCACUGAAAGAGCGGCUUUCGUUGUCUUACGGUGACAAGACUCCCGGUGUCCUGGGUCUGAAGAACCACGGGAACACCUGCUUCAUGAACGCGGUGGUGCAGUGCCUGAGCAACACCGACCUGCUGGCUGAGUACCUGGGUUUGGAGCACUAUAAGAGUGAUAUUGGUGAAAGCAUGACGAAUCACGCAAAGAAAGUGAGGAGUGAAGACGCACAGCUGGCUACGGGAGAGGUGACCGAGCAGCUGGCGGCGCUCGUGCGGGCGCUCUGGACGCUGGAGUACACCCCGCAACUCUCAGUGGAAUUUAAGACGAUUGUGUCCAAGUACGGCUCUCAGUUCCGAGGGAAUUCCCAACACGAUGCUCUGGAGUUCCUGCUGUGGCUGCUCGACCGCAUCCACGAAGACGUCAACUCCUCAUUAUCAUCACCAUGUGGAAACAACAUGAUCAAAACCAAUGGAAAGGAUAUUGCAGGAGGAGAGGAAUUAGCUAUCUCUAACCUUCCAGAUCAGCAGCCUGGUGAACGUCACAGCUUUGUACAGGCACACUUCCAGGCCCAGUACAAGUCAUCACUGACAUGUCCUCAUUGCCUUAAGCAGAGUCACACGUUCGAUCCGUUCCUGUGCAUCUCUCUUCCCAUCCCUUUGCGUCAGACCAGGCCACUGUGUGUGACUCUGGUGUUCAGCACUAAAGGGCAGAGGUACUUAAGAGUAGGACUGGCUGUGCCUUUAUUCGGCUCUCUGGCUUGCCUGCGCAGGAUGGUAGCAGAUGAGGGCAAGAUUUCCCCAGACCAAGUGAUUUUGACUGAAAUUUACACUACUGGUUUCCAGCGCUCUUUCUUUGAUGACGACGACUUGACCAGCAUCGCAGAAAAUGAUGUCAUUUAUGCCUUCCAAGCCCCGCCCCUUUACAUCAGGGGAGGAUCCACGAGAAUAUCAGGCUACCACCACAGUCUCCCUUCUUCCCCGUAUUCUUCUGGGCCCGAGGCUCAGAGACUGGCUGCGUCCGGAGCACUCUCCUCCGAGUUCCUUAACCAUGGAGCCGGAACCACAAAGAUUCUCCUGCUGGUGUGUAACGCUGCUGGAGCAGGCCAACAAGCUGUGAGGUUUGGUCCUCCAUUUCUGAUGAGAGAAGACAGGUCAGUGUCAUGGGAUGAGCUGCAGCAGAGCAUCCUCAGUAAGCUCUACUACCUGAUGAUCAGUGGAGCACAGCCACAGAAUAAUAGAGUCCUGUUUAAGAUCCGCGUCGUUGGGGGAUCGGCGUCUUGUAGCUACUUAAGUCCGCAGGAUGGACGUCCACUUUACCAUCCUGCAGUGGACAGAGCUCUAAAGCUGUGUGGCUCAGGCGGACCUCCACAUGUGAAGCUGAUUGUGGAGUGGGAACACAGAAUGAAAGACUGUCUCUUCGGUAACAUCCAGGAGGAGGUGGUGAAGGAUUGUGAGAGUGUACGUGUCCAGCAACAGCAGCAUGUCCAGCAACACAGCUGCACACUGGACGAGUGCUUUCAACUUUAUACUAAAGAAGAGCAGCUGGCUCCAGACGACGCAUGGAAGUGUCCUCAUUGCAAGCAGCUGCAGCAAGGCAUGGUUCAGAUGAGUCUGUGGACACUCCCGGACAUCCUCAUCCUCCACCUCAAGCGUUUCAGGCAGGUGGGCGAACGACGAAACAAGCUCUCCACUCUGGUUCGCUUCCCUCUUACAGCCCUGGAUAUGGCACCUCACAUGGUCAAGAGGAAUAACUGCACACGCCUGCCUAAUACAUGGAAACAGCAGCUUCAUCAAAGGAAUGAAACAGGCCAACAUCCUGAGGACUUCUUGUAUGACCUGUAUGCUGUCUGUAACCAUCACGGAGGCAUGCAUGGAGGCCACUAUACAGCAUACUGUAGGAACUCAGUGGAUGGCCAGUGGUACGGUUAUGACGACAGCAGUGUAGAGCCAGUUCCUGAGGGGGAAGUGUGUACACGUGGGGCUUAUAUCCUCUUUUACCAGAGACGCAACAGCAUCCCUGCAUGGUCAGCCAGCUGCUCGCUCCGAGGCUCUACUAGCUCCUCCAUGUCUAAUCACUGGCUCGUCCGUUUGACGUCGGUGUCAGAAGAUAGCCAGACUUUAUGUCCCACGACCAAGACCUCAAGCUGCUCUUCAGCUCCUGAGCCUCAAACACCAACUUCUCCUGUUUUCUAUGAGCAGCCAAAAGGAGAUUCUGAUGGAUUUGAGUCGAGACCAUUUGUUCGUGGCACCCAGGGCCGAAGUGUAAGCCUGCGUUCACCCUCCAAGAAUAAGGAAAAUCUGGGCAAAGUGCUUCCUCUGCGCUGGUCUUUUGGUUCCAAGGACCGUAAGAAAGUCACUUCUGUCCCUCAGAUCACAGCACCACGGCCUGGAGAACUGGUGGAGUACCUGGAAUCUGGACGGAGGCCACGGUGCACCAAGGACCCAAUAGUGAGUCUGGUAGCUAGUCCUGCUCAAGGUAAAGCCCAGCUUCCUGUGGACGACUCGCUCAGCUCCCCUAGUGGCAGCAGCGGCUUUAGCGGAGCGGAGAGAGGAAGCUGUCGUGAGCCGGAUUCACCCCGAGUACCUGAAGGCCAGAGCAGACCAGCUUCUGACAGAGGUGCUACUAAGGGCAGAGAUGAAAGUUUACUAAUCAGGAGGACUUCAAAGAGGAGGCAGGAGCAACAUGCAAAGACUCAAGACGGUCAGUCUCGUCGAGAAUCCACUGCUGGGACAAACACAGCUCAAAGUUUAGCAAAUAGCACAAGUGAAAGUAAAGAUUCCACAUUAAAGCGGCAUUGGAACCAGCCAGCUGGAGCUACCAGGACUUUGUGUAGUCAAAACCAGCAAGAUGAGGAGAUCCAGGGCAUCCCAGCCUUCCUUAUGCCAGGCAAUGCUAAGAAGGACAACCAGUCGAAGGACAUACGUGCCAAAGAAACAGCUCAAGGAAGAACGCUAACACAUAAGAGCUCUAACAAGCUGUCCGUGUCCAACGGCACUCCAAACGGACUGGUAGCAGAGGAGAAAAAAGGCAACAGCACACACAGGAGCAGCAGCGCACGCUACUACAACAAGACGCUGAUCAAUGGCAAGGAAAGCCACACUGGCGCCGGGGGCGAUAUUAAGCGAGCACUGAGCUCUUCCAGUCUUCAGAGCAGACUGGACCUGAAUCUGAGAAGGACAGUGUCCCUCCAGAGGAACGGACUGCUUGUUCCUCCUCAGAAAGGACAGAGUGCUGAUAAACCGUCCUACAAUACACUGCAGAGGAACAGAUACAGCACCACUUCUCUAGGCAGACAGAGACCAGUGCCCGAGUCCUGCUUCUGAUAUCAGGACAGCUGAAGCAUGUGAGUGUCUGGAUUAGGUGCAGAUCAUUCCAGUCUGAGUGCCUCCACUGAAGACGAGAUAUUUAGGGUACUUUCAUCAAGGUUCCAGCUGAAGGCAAGAAAACAGAUAUAAUAUUUUACUAUGAGCAAAAAAAUCCUUUUAAAUUCCAUGACAGAUCAGUUAGUAAUAUCAUUUUUUAUGGAGCCGACAAAUUAACAAGAAUCUGAACUAGAUUAUUAUUUAUAGGUUAACCCGAGACUUUCACACAUGUUUACGUUAACAUCCAGUCUCAUGGUUUUACUUAGUGUAUCAUCACUGUGGCUCCAGACACGCAUAAUACUGAAAUUGUAAACAAAUUCUUUUAUAUGUCAUGCUUGAUCAUAUCUUUCUAUAGGAAUGAAGACAUAACAGAGCGUGAUGUUAUAGCGAACUAAUCAACAAUGAAGAAUGUUAGCUGUUAAGAGUUUUAUUCAUCUUUUACCACAACAAUUUUCCAACGAUUACAGUUCUUUAUUUAUUACAGAAAAACACGUCAUACUUUUUACCAGUUUUAUAUUAAAUUGGUAUAUUUAAUGUUGUGGAACAUCCCUGAAAAUGUGUCAGUUACCGUUUUCACGCUAUGGCAGCUACAAAUAGUCGUUCCCACACUUUCUAUUGAAACAGAAUACGAUUUUAAAAAUGCAGCUUGUUACAGAGAAGCCAUACAGAGCAAACUCGUCUUUCCUGAAGACUUUCCCGUGGCACGUCUGACUGUUACACAGUGCUGACCCUGGAGACUCCUUCCAUAACAAGUCUUUAUAAACAUCUACUGUACGUUCAUAGGAAUGAGCUGUUUCUCUAGGACCGAUUCUGUAUUAAUAUAAAGCUGUGAUCUGCCUUGCAGCCAGCACUUCUGUCAGAGGAGUUCAGUGAGAGAAAAUGUCUGAUCAAUAAUCAGUGCUGUGGUUUCAGAGAAUAUAACGUGAGCCAGUCAGGAGGGUUAAUAACAGCAGCUUAUGACAGAAAAUCAAAUGAAAUCAAAUGUGAUCGCAGCCUUUGACUUACAGCUUUGUUAUCAAAAGGAAGAAAUCCUAAUUUUUCUUUUCUUUCUUUUUUUAUGAUUCAGUCCUUUUUGUUUUAUUUUUGUUCAUCAGUCGGCUUGUGACGCCCAAUACAAAGCAAGACCUUGGAAUUAGUUUCAUCCAUGACUAAAUACGAUGCUUCUGAGAUUUAACCUUAUAUUUUUUUAUAUGUUUAAGGUAUAUUUUGGUGUAAUAUUUCUCACAUAUAUUUAGUGUCAUGUAAAUAUCAUGUUUAUAAUAUUAAUUCAUUUUUGCCAAAAACAAAUGGCAGAUGGAAUUCUAUAUUUAUAAGGUUUAAAGAGGUAGACCUAUAAAUGUUGCGAAAUUCCAUGAUAUGCGUGUAAUACAAACAAAACUACCAGGCAUAAUUACUUUAGAAAGCCAACAUUAUAUUUUCUAAUACAUUUUGCCUACUUAUAUGUGUAAAACGUGUAAGAUGCAUUGAUAAAGACACUGGGAUCAGGUUUCGGAAUAAUUCCAAGGUCGUUUAUCUAUACUCGUAAAAAUGCUGCGAUACCAAUAUAUAAAACCAUGUGCUACUAUGUGAGAUAAGGUUAGAAAGCUGUUGGAAAUUGUGCACGCAAAGGUGUAUAUAUUCAAAGUGUGAAGCAGUGAAGCGAGGAGAAAGCGGAGAAACUCCCACUUCAGUUCUGCGAGCACUGAGAGCCUCGCGCUUUAUUUUGUCUAGUUCUCCUCGUGACUCCAGGUGCAAAUUCACCGCACAUCGCACUUUUAAUGAUCACACUUGUUGAUACUGCUCUGCGUGCUCAAGCUGCCCUCACGCUCUCUAUUGAGCAUACAGUUUAAACACCAUGAUACACCUGACCAGCACAUCACACUCAUAUGUGGUGGUUCUUCUUCAUACUCUUGCCACACAAUUGUACAGAACGGCUUUAUUUGCUGCUGUAGCGUUACAAUUUCUCUUCACUGGAACUAAACAUGGCCCAAACCUGUUCCAGUCUGACAAUGCCCCUCUGCGAAGUGAACAAUCUCCAUGGUUUGUCAAAGAACUCAAGUGUCCAUCACUGAACUCAACCCCACUGAAUAUUUUUAGGAUUUUUAGGAAGCUCCAGACCUCGUUAUCUGACAUCAGUGACUUACAUCACUAAUGCUCUUAAGUUAGGUUAGUUAAGUAGCCUUUAUUUGUUUCAUACACUGACCAAUCAUAACAUUAUGACCACCUGCCUAAUAUUGGUGUUGGUCCCCCUUUUGCUGCCAAAACAGCCCUGACCCGUCAUGCACUGUGUAUUCUGACACCUUUCUAUCAGAACCAGCAUUAACUUCUUCAGCAAUUUGAACAGUGGCUCGUCUGUUGGAUCGGAUCACACGGGCCAGCCUUCGCUCCCCACGUGCAUCAGUGAGCCUUGGCCACCCAUGACCCUGUCGCCGGUUCACCACUGUUCCUUCCUUGGUCCACUUUUGGUAGAUACUGACCACUGCAGACCGGGAACACUCCACAAUAGCUGCAGUUUUGGAGAUGCUCUGAUCCAGUCGUCUAGCCAUCAUAAUUUAGCCCUUGUCAAAAUCACUCAAAACACUUGCCCAUUUUUCCUGUUUCUAACACAUCAACUUUGAGGGCAAAAUGUUCACUUGCUGCCUAAUAUAUCCCACCCACUAACAGGUGCCAUGAUGAGGAGAUAAUCAGUGUUAUUCACUUCACCUCUCAGUGCUCAUAAUGCUAUGCCUGAUCGGUGUAUACAUUACUGCACAGUGAAAAUCGAAAAUCCCAUCCUUGGAGAGUUGGGGUCAGAGCACAGGGUCAGCCAUGAAGCAGGGGAGGUUGGGGGCCUUGUGGUGGCAGCUUGAUGUGAUUUUCCGAUGAUCAACCCAGAGCCCUAACCACUUGAGCUACCACCAGCCCUUGUAAUGUGUGAGUCACACUCCAGCCAUGCUCCAACACAGAGGAAGGAAGUGGGGAUUAAAUAAUGAAUGAGAUGUUAAACACAUAUGGGUGUGAGAGUCAGGUGUCUCAAGUCUUAAACAUAAAACACAUGGAGUUCAUUGGUAGCAGCACAAAACACAUAUAAAUCUGAAUAAAUUGUUUAGCGAUUAAUACGUAAGUAAGGCAUUGACAAGAACCAAAAAAACAUGCACAUGGCUGAAAAAACUGGUUUCAAUGCAUCCCUAGUAAAGCUUUUAAAUAUUUGUUCUGCUCUGAUUCUGCUUAAAAUUGCACUUUAGCUUCGGUUUUCACGUACAUCCAUGUACAUCUUCAUCUUAUAGCGUUCGUAACCUGUAAAAAUCAGCCCCUUUCACAUUCACUUUCAAACAUGUGUAUACAUGGUUCUACACAAGCAAGGAUUUGGAUUAUGAUUCUUCUGCUAAACAAUCCUGAAAAUAUUUUAUUUAAAAAAAAUACUUCAGGGAUCUGCACAAUGGAAGUGAAUUUGCGGUGCAGGGGUCAUGGUGCUCUCUGCAUUAUUAGAUAAUAAUCUGUGGUUUUAAUACCAGUAACCACUCAGUUGUUGUUGUUGUUGGUGUUGUUGUUGUUGUUUUCGGAACAGACAGCCAGUUAUUUUAUUUAAUGUAGACUAGUCAGAUUAAAAAACGUAACCUAUGUCAGAUAAAUUCGCCAGAGAAGUAUGCAACUGAAUAUACAACAUUUAUGCAACUAAAUGCAGCAGAACAGAUCAAUUCUUACUAAAGACAGAAACGAAACAGAACUGGCAAAACAGCUCAAACUUUGAUUGUGAUAUUAUUUAAGUGCCUUUUCAUAAUGCUCUUGAAGGAGCAUUAGUAUUAAUGAUUUUCAAAUAUAGACACAUGCACACACUCACACGUGCCGUGAAUAGUCGCGGAUACCCUGGGAUACAUAUAGACACGUGUGAUUCUUCCAUACUGUUACUACGCACAUUGGAUAUUACAUCACACACACAACAUCAUCAUCAUUAUCUCUAUCAUCCCUCUUGUUCCCAACUGUUAGAAAGCUGCAGUACAUGUAGGAAUCGAAUUUAUUAAUCGUUUUUUUUUAUUCUGUCAACAUCAAGAUCUCAGAUUUUCCCCAAACACAUUGCACACUUAAAUAGCGAUCAUCACUUUGUACCAGACUCUGUACCAGAUACAGCAGUCUGUCAGGUUUCGAGAAGAUUGGGCCUUUGUUCAGUAAGCUAUUAUUAGCUGUAGAUCUGUUGUAAUAUUAGUAAUAUUAGGCUGGUGUACAUUUUUCAUAUCCAAUUCAGCAGCAAUAUGUAGAUUUUGAUACAGUGAGAGAAAUUGCACUUAUCAUGUAGCCAGACAAUUCAACAAUCCUUCUAUUCGUUUUUAAUUAAUGAGUCAUUAUAGUGUGUGUGUGUGUGUGUGUGUGUGUAGAGAUUUAAGAGACAUGGGUGUCUAGCUUUAGUCCUAUCUGCCCUGAUAAGUUAAGGGUUCUUAUAUAACGCGUGGCACCGAAGAGGAACCAAAAUAUAUUUACAUUCUUUUUUUUUUCCAUUGGUGGAUUCAUUACUUUUUGUAUUUCUAUACACGCUUCCUUGUGUACAGGCUUUUCAAGGAGUUCAGGCUUGCCCAAAGAUGCAGUAGAUAAGUGACGAGGCUAUUACAUAUAUUAAUUUAUACUGACAUAGUGGAAAACCAUCCUCAGUUAGCAGUCACAAGUUUGUUUGUUUUUUCUUUUCUUCUCUCCUCCAACAGCGUAAUGAAGGACAAUACACAAUGCAUUCAAUCAGCUCACCAUGCAUUAUUACAUUUUGUUAGCUAUUGUUUCUUUUAGCCUUGACAGUUCAAUUUCAACCAGUGAAGGUGCAACCGUUUGUGUUGCAGUGACCAGAAAUGUCGUGAGUUCAGAUCCAUGUACUGUUAGAGAGCCACUGCUGAGCCAUUGAGUGAGACUCGUAAGUGAAUUCUGCCUUACUUCUAAGUCACUUUGGAUCCAAGCGUCUGCCAAAAGAGUAACUGUAAAUGUAGUCGUGUACACUGUUAACCAGCUCCUGGGAUAAAUGACUAAACCUGACUAAAACGGUUUUAGGACUACAAAAUAAACAUCGAGUAUUUCCCGUUUCAGAUCAGUGGAUAUAAUAACAGUGACUUAUCUCUGCUUGUGAAGUACUCUAAUGAAGGAACGUCGUUGCUUUUUAAGGGUUAAAGGUUGUGGAUAUAUUUUUAUGCAAACUUUUGUAUUCCAAGACUUUUUAACUAAUCUGUAAUUAAUGUAAAUAAAGUUGUAAAAAAUGA